CCUGAAACAUAACCUUAAAAAACAUGAAUUUUGUUACAAAAUAUCAAAAAUUCAGUCAUUUCAUAAUUCAUAAAAGACAAACUUAAGAUAAUACAACAAACACCAACAAAGUUUCGUAAUUAUUUGCCGUUCAUCAUCAGUUGUGACAUAACCUCAAAAAACAUUUCACCUGAAAAUGGAUGUAAAAACGUACAAAAGCAUCGUAACUGUAAUUCGGAAGUACAAAGGCCUGUCCAAAAACUGUCUCUCGGUUUUAGUUGCAACCUUCCCUUUCAUAAACCAUGAUACUCUUUACAGUAUUUUAUCCCUCGAAUAUCAGAAACGUAUGAGAGUGAAUCAUGUGAAAAGUCAAUCAGUUAUUAACAAAUACUGGGAUUUGUAUCAAAUGUCGGUGAAAAAGGGGGCCGGUCCUGGAAUCAUCCUCCAAAUGGCUCAACAGUUCGAUAUUUGCCCUUGUCUCAUCGCGAAAUUAAUUCUACAAAAGUAUUUCGAGGAGUGUAACAUGGAAUUGACACAGAUCAACGCGCAUUUAAGAGAUACUUCACUAAUCCCAGACCCACAUUUAGCCUACGAAGUGUUCCUAUGCACAAUCUAUGAUAAUUUAUACAGUCCACUAUCAGAAACGAUGAAACAUUCUCUCGGUCAAGAAUACGAAAUCAAAUUACACAACGAAGUGUUAAAAUUAAAUUUAGCCUUCAGAGACGAGGAACAUCUACGAAAAUUCGGCUACGACAAGACCCCCGAUGUUAAAUUAGACGUCCCGGUGGCCGUGGACGGCUUCGUCAUCAACUGGAUCGAGAGCAAAGCCCUAUUUGGCGACGAAGACGUCCACAAAGACUACACCAAAAACCAGUAUCUCAGCUACUGGAAUCGCUUCGGACCAGGACUAGUGAUUUAUUGGUUCAGUUACGUCAAAAGCAUUGUUCAAACCGACGACAAAAGGUUCAUCAUCAGGGACCACUUACCCACAAACAUUGUCCACAUCAAUUAUCUCUCUUAAUUAAUAAAGUCUUUAGUUGCUAUGUAACAAUAUAUGCGUUCCUUGGCAACGAAAUAGAGAAUUAAUAAAGUCUUUGGUUGCUAUGUAACAAUAUAUGCGUUCCUU